UUUUUCUCUCUCUAUCUCUCUCUCGCUCAAAAUUUUAAAAACUGGGCCUUUAUUUUUUUGUUCAUAUUUUGAGUUUUAUUGGAUUUUCUUGGUCUUAUCAAGCAUGGUUAUUGAACCAUGACGGAUAACAUAAGUCGCUAGAGGAUCUGGUUCUGCUCCCAGCAGCUACCUAUAUACCUCUCACACUCUCUUUCUCUCUCUCUCUUUAACUCUCUCUCUCUCUCUCUCUCCUUCUCUUUGUUUCUUUUGAGCUUUGAAAAAUCAAAACUUGUCUCUUGGGCUGCAGCCAAACAAAGAAGAAACUAUCAAGGAAAACAAAAACCAAGAUCUAUGUGUAUGUGUAUGUGUAUGUAUAUGCCCAUGUGAUAUAAGUUCAAAUUUUGCGUGUGUCAAAGCAAAACAAAAUAACAAUUAAGAUGAUGUUAUUCCAACAACAACAAGAGCAACAACAACAAGCAAGAGUGGAUGAGAACAUGUCUAAUUUGACCUCAGCAUCUGGUGAUCAAGCAAGUGUUAGUUCUUCAGGCAACAGAGCUGAAAUUGGUACCAAUAAUGGCUUUUCUCAGCAAUAUUUUGCCUCACCACCACCUCAAUCUCAACCUCCCAAAAAGAAGAGAAACCUUCCCGGAAACCCAGACCCUGAUGCAGAAGUGAUUGCCUUGUCUCCCAAGACUCUUAUGGCAACAAAUAGAUUCAUCUGUGAGAUCUGCAACAAAGGGUUUCAAAGAGACCAAAAUCUUCAACUUCACAGAAGAGGACACAAUUUGCCAUGGAAGCUGAAGCAAAGAACGAGCAAAGAGGUGAAGAAGAAGGUUUAUGUGUGCCCAGAAGCGAGUUGUGUCCACCAUGACCCCUCGAGGGCUCUUGGGGACUUGACUGGGAUCAAGAAGCACUUCUGCAGAAAACAUGGGGAGAAGAAGUGGAAAUGUGACAAGUGCUCGAAGCGUUAUGCUGUUCAAUCGGAUUGGAAAGCUCAUUCAAAGACCUGUGGCACCAGGGAGUACAGAUGUGACUGUGGAACCCUUUUCUCAAGGAGGGACAGUUUCAUCACCCAUAGAGCUUUCUGUGACGCUUUGGCAGAGGAGAGUGCAAGAGCCAUUAAUGGAGGAGUAGGAGGACCAGGAGCUGGAGCUGGAGCUGGAACAAACCCACUUGGCUCUUCUUCUUCUGCAAUCUUAUCUCAUCUAAAUCUCCAAACCCAAUUGUUAAAUAAUCAUAACUCCCAUCACCAAGACCUCCAUUCCUUCCCCCUCAAAAAGGAGCAACAAAGUUUCACUGCUGCUACUACUGCAAGUGGUCUCAUCAGGCAAGACAUUCCACCAUGGCUAGCUUGCAGCCCGACCCAGAUGGACCUCUCUAAUUCCUCAUCUUCAAUCUUCUCCGCAAGAUCAUUAGACCAAGACUACACCCAACAGACACACCACCAAGACAAUUUAACCCUCCUCCAAUCCCCUAACCCUAACCCUAACCUCGGCGGAGGUGGAGGUGGUGGUGGUGGUAGCGGUAACGGUAAUGGAGGCCCUACUCUUCCUCCUCACUACCAACCACCGCCCUUGGCUCACAUGUCUGCCACCGCAUUGCUUCAGAAAGCAGCCCAAAUUGGGGCAACCAUGAGCGGCGGUGGAAACAACAACAGCAGCACCAAUAACAAUACCAUGGCUGCUGGCUCAGCUGCCUCGCCGGUAAUGAUGAUGAGGACCCACCAAGAUUCUGGCGCCAAUAAUAACUUUGGCCUGAAUCUGUCACCGCGUGAUCGUCAACAUCAUCAUCAUCAGCAUCAAGAUCAGACGGCCCCAACAGGUCAUGGGUUUGGGAAUAAAAGCAGUGGUAGUAACAGUACUACUACUAGUCUACUUCAAGAGUACAUGAUGAGUUCAUUGUCUUCUGCUACUACUGGAACUGGUAUCAGUACCUCUAGUACUAGUACUACAGCUGGGUUUCGUGAUCAUAAUCACGACCCUUUCAAUGGUGUGAUUCUGGGUAGUUCCAAAAAAGAUGGGCACGAUCAUCUCAGAACAACGAACCCCACCGUCAUGGAAAGUGGUGGCAGUGCCGGUGGAGGUGGUAAUGUUAGUAAUGGGAAUGGGGAAGGUUUGACACGAGAUUUCUUGGGUCUUAGACCACUUUCUCAUACUGAGAUGUUGAACAUGGCUGCUCUUGGAAACACCAUCAACAUGUCCCAUCCUCACCACCACCAACAAAAUAAUCAAUCCCAGAAACCAUGGUAAUAUAUAUAUAUAUUUAUUUAUAUAGCAAGGUUCAGGUUUGUUCCUAAAUGUGGAACCUGAGAUCUCUCUCUUUCUCUCUCUCACUCUCUUUUUUGUUUAUUUUCUAAACGAACAUAACUUUGAUUUUUAUAAUUUUGGUAUAUUUAUAUAUAAUUUUUGUUGUCAAUAUAUAUCUUCCCGAAGGGAAAGGAAUUACCACUU